CUUGGCCAUGAGUUUCGUUGGAGCGGUAGUCGUGAGAAGCUAAAGCUCGUAGUUUUCAAAAUGUCCGCAUGCCCAGAGAACCCCCAUCAGCCUCUGAUUUGCUGCCAGAGCUGCACGGGGUUGUAUAGAGGAAAUUCUUUUCAGUCGUACUGCCCCCAGUCGUAUUGCCCCCAAUGUUACUCUAGAUCUUUUUGCCAGCAUCCGGUCCACUCUCCGGAGGAGUUUGCCCAAUUCUCGGACAUUGGUAUUCCAUGCUUUCUGUGCAAGCAGUCGGAUUGUACACCCAAGCUGGAUUGCUGUGACCAAUACUUUGAUGAAUGUGGAGGAAAAAAUACAACUAAAACGGCGACUGGGGAUAAAAAUAGGCAGACUGGUAAGCCGGGUACUGGAGCAAAGAAAAGAGCGAAAAAACAGAAGACUGAUGACGAAAAUAAACAGACUGGUAGAGCAGAUAAUGGAGCAAACGGAUCGGGCAGACAGAUUACUAAGGACGGAAGUGAACAGAAUGGUAAGACGGAUCUUGGAGUAAACAGAUCGGCAAGACAGUCUACUGGGGAAAGAUAUGGACAGAAUGCUAAGAGGAGUAUUGGAACAAACAGAAAGGGCACACUGCCGACUGGGGACGGAAAUAUGCAAAAUGGUAGGCUUGAUAAUGGACCAAACAGAAAGGGUAGAGAACCGGAGGGUGACGGCAAUAAAAAGUCUAGUAAACCGGGUAUUGGCGCAAACAAAAUGGGUACACAGGGUAAUGAACCAAAGAGGACAGAUAAAAAGAAAACGGGGGACAAAAAUGGACCGUCUAAUGGCGCUAAUGGUCCGACUGGACAACCUCCGGCUCCUUGGCCGCCUCAAGAAGGAUUCUCUGUGCAUGGAAUGGCUCCUGGAACGCAGGGUAUGCAGGGAAUGGCUGCUGGAACUCAGGAUAUGCAGAGAAUGGCUCCUGGAACUCAGGGUAUGCAGGGAAUGGCUCCUGGAUCGCAGGGUAUGCAGGGAAUGGCUCCUGGAUCGCUGGGUAUGCAAGGAAUGGCUCCUGGAACUCAGGGUAUUCAGGGAAUGGCUGCUGGAACUCAGGAUAUGCAGCGAAUGGCUCCUGGAACUCAGGGUAUGCAGGGAAUGGCUCCUAGAUCGCAGGGUAUGCAGGGAAUGGCUCCUGGAACUCAGGCAAUGCAGGGAAUGGCUCCUGGAACGCAGGGUAUGCAGGGAAUGGCUCCUGUCAGUCAGUUUGGUGCUUACGGUGAACAAAGGAGUUUGCCUACUCCGGGUGCACAAGUUGCACUGACUGUGAACGAAAAUGGAAGGACUGGAAUGUUUGCUAAUGGCGCUAAUGGUCUGAUGGGACAACCUCCGGCUCCCUGGCCGCCUCAACAAGGAUUCCCUGUGCAUGGAAUGGCUCCUGGAACUCAAGGCAUGCAUGCAAUAGGUCCUGGAAUUCAGGGCAUGCAGGGAAUGGCUCCUGGAUCGCAGGGUAUGCAAGGAAUGGCUCCUGGAACUCAGGGUAUUCAGGGAAUGGCUGCUGGAACUCAGGAUAUGCAGGGAAUGGCUCCUGGAUCGCAGGGUAUGCAGGGAAUGGCUCCUGUCAGUCAGUUUGGUGUUUACGGUGAACAAGGAGGUUUACCUACUCCGGGUGCACAAGUUGCAGUGACUGGGAACGAAAAUGGACCGACUGGAAUAUUUGCUAAUGGCUCUAAUGGUCCGACGGGACAACCUCCGGCUGCCUGGCCGCCUCAAGAAGGAUUCUCUUUGCAUGGAAUGCCUCCUGGAACUCAGGGUAUGCAUGGAAUAGCUCCUGGAACUCAGGGCAUACAGGGAAUGGCUCCUGGGUCACAAGGUAUGCACGGAAUGGCUCCUGGAACGCACGGAAUACAGGGAAUGGCUCCCGGCAGUCAGUUUCGUGUUUACGGUGAACAAGAAGUUUUGCCCACUCCGCGUGCACAAGUUGCCAUGCCUGGAUAUAUAACAAAGCAAAUACCAAGGUACAAGGAUCCAGGAUCCAUGGCAAUCGGUUAUCCACCUCAAGUAUAUCAAGCUCCAGGAGGUGGUCGACAAGAUCUGCUAGGAUAUGGUCAACAAGCUGUGCAGGCAAAUGAGACUUACGGAGAAGGAGAGACUCAAUCAGCUCAAUCGAGGAAGUCGCAGGAGAAGACCGGAGAAAUCUGUGAUCAGUCCAAUCCCAGCAGAGAUGCUAUUCAUCGAGUCCUUCAGUCGCUGCAAUUGUCAUUUCCCGAGAAUGGUCUGCAGAAUUGUUGUCUCUUUCUGCCUGUCAAUCUCGACAUUGCCAACCGGAUAGAUGAGGGCGAUUCCAAGAAGGAAAAGGAAUCGUCACUAAAACGCAAACUUGGCAAACGCGAUGCAGAUAGUAAGAAGGCUACAUCUGGUGCUGCUUUACCCACUCCCAUAUCGAACGAAUCAAUGCCAGCUUCGGCGAAUACCGCAAACGGUUCCAGUGACUGCAGUCCUGUUGUAUUGCCGGAGCAAUCGAUGCCAUCCUACUGCUGGAAUAACAGUUUCUUCAUUCAAGCCGACGAAUGCACGCAGACGGGAUCAUCCAAGCCCAGAAAGAACCCAAAAGAAUUUCCGCCUGCAGUUCAGUGCGAACCUGCACCAAAAGAAGCCCCCAUUUCGAGUGGUUUCAACACCUGCUGCAAUGCCUACUGCGAUUCCUGCUAUUGGCCCUUUUACUACUACUACGACCCAUACAUUGGCUGCUACUGUUGGUACCCCAGCCCCAACUACUGCAAUGGCUGCCAGAACUGCUGUCCGCUUAAUCCGCUGGAGAAGAUAAGCGAGAAACAACAGCACAAGGAGGCAGCCCCAGUGCCCGCAGCAGCAGCGCCCAAAAAAAAGAAGAAAAUUGUAAGGAAAAAGGGCGGUGGGCCAGAGCAGAUGAGCUGUAACCUAGGAGGCACCAUCUCCAAAUGCCAAACUGCAGCGGUCCCCAGGGAUAUGAGGCAGGCUAUUAUCCCACGGCCUUACCCUGUGGUUGCUCCGCUUAUGGGCAGAUUGGAUUGGCCGACAGAAUUCCUUGAUCCAAGUGUCGGGUAGCUACUCAAACCACAAAUCCUGCAAGGACGCCACAUUGUAUGUGCACGACUCGGACGACACGUUCUGCUCUAUGUCUCCAAAUUUAACGUAGAAUACACUUUUUACCAUUUCGAAGAACAAGUCUAUGAAAGAAUAAUAAAUAAAAAGAUAGAUCUGAU